AUGGUUGCUAUGAGUUCGAAGGCAUCCAAUUCUCGUGAACUAGCUCGAGCCGGAGCUUUCUUCACCGGAGUAGAUCGAGUCUUUGAGCUUGGCUUUGGAGAUGAAGGCGAUGCAUGUACCUUCUCCUUCACUUCUUCGACGGCGGAAGUCCGGUUCUUUGAGAAUUUUCGCUUUCCGGGGCACAAGAUGGCCUCAUUAUCGCUUGGCUCUUCAUCCGAGAGAGCAUAUCGAGUUCGAUUGAGCGCCGGUGAGGGAUCUCGGAUGGAGCAGGGGGAAUCAGGCGUGGCUCCUUCUGCUCAGAUCGAAAGGUGCCGGGAAGUUUGUCAGGAUCUCGUCGUCGUGAGAUCGAGAAGCGACGGAGUUGGAUCUCUCGGAGGAAUCGAAGCGUCGGGCUCCGUCAUCUGGUUGCGGCGGCGUUGA